AUGACCAGGACUUCGAAGGACAAAUUAUUUGAGUUAGACCCAGAGAUUGAGAGGACUUUCAAGGCUUUGAGAAUUCAAGAGAAAACUUCAGAAGACUCUGAGAUUACUUUAUCACAUUCAGAUAUUUCCAUGGCUGAUCAUAGCAGAACAAUGAAGGAGCUUGCAGCUCCUGAUGAGGCUUUCAAGUAUUCAUGCAUCACUUAUCCAACUUUAGAAGGGGAUUUUGAGUUGAGAUCAGGGCUGAUUCAUUUACUUCCUAAAUUUCAAGGGUUGUCUGGAGAAGACCCAAAUAGACAUUUGCAUGAAUUCCAUGUGGUGUGCUCAACCAUGAAGCCACAGGGAUAUAUUACCUCUUGGAUUGAUAUGAAGAAGGCUUUCUUGGAGAAAUUCUUUCCGGCUUCAAGGACUGCUACUAUCAGGAAAAGUAUCUGUGGUAUUCAACAAGUGGUGGGAGAGACACUUUAUGAAUAUUGGGAGAGAUUCAAGAAGUUAUGUGCAAGUUGUCCUCAGCACCAAAUUAGUGAGCAGUUACUAGUUCAGUACUUCUAUGAAGGAUUAUUGCCUAUGGACCGAAGUAUGAUAGAUACGGCAGCUGGAGGAGCUUUGGUGAAUAAAACUCCAGAACAAGCUAGAGAGCUCAUUUCUAAUAUGGCAGAAAAUUCUCAACAAUUUGGAAGUAGAGCUUUAACUACAAGAGGAGUAGGUGAGGUGCAAAUGUUUUCUAAUGAACAAAAGGAGAUAAGGAAUUCAUUGUUAGAGUUGACAUCUUUGGUUAAACAAUUGGCAUUGAAUAAUGUUAAUCAAACUUCCACUUUGCCUAGUACACAGUUUCCAUAUCAAUCAAGGGGAGUUUGUGGUAUUUGUUCUAGCCAAGAUCAUGAUUCAGAGUUAUGCCCUAAUCUUCAUCAAGAUGAGUCUUUAGCGGCAUUUUCUAGAGCUCAAUUUUCUCAAAAGUAUGAUCCUUAUUCUUCUACUUAUAAUCCUGAGUUUCCAGCAGCCUCAACAAAGUUUCCAGCAGCCAUUCCAACCUUCUCAGAGAUAAUUUCAAACUCACAAUGCCAGCCUGCAACUCAAUUCCAGCAGCAGCAAACACUUCCAGCACCUUCAAGGUUGAGUUUAACUCAAGGUGGUUCUAGUAAUGCUUUAAAUUCAGAGUUUCAGCAGACAAAACUGGAAGAAUUGAUGCAACAUAUGUUGCAACAGCAACAAAACCAGCAAAGGACAGAUUCAGCAAUUCAGAAUAUAGAAAGGCAGAUUGGGAGUGGAAGGAGAAUUUCGGAAUUUUUAAGUGAAGGAAAAGCUGCUGAAAAUUUUCCAGAAUUACAGCAGUCUAACUCCAGCAGUGAAGAAAUUCAAGAAGAUCAGAGUGUUCCAAAUUCGAGUUCUAUUCCAAAUCUAAUUGAUCCAUUGGACUUGGAGCAUUCACAAAGAGGAGGGAGUUUGAUUCCAGAAAUUUCCAGCAGCUCAUAUCCAACUGAACAAUUUCCAGCAGAAUUGCCAAAUCCCAGCAAAUCUGGAAAUUUAGGAAUUCAGAAUUCUGUUCAAGAAGGUUUAGAGCCAAGCAUUCCAUUGCCUUUUCCUCAACGAAAAACUCAACCAAGGAAGAAUGUAGAAGAGGAGAGAGCUAAGGAAUUUAAAGAGCUAAGGAAUUUAAAGAGCUAG